AUGGACUCUGACACGGAUUAUGCAGACUUUGUCAGCUGCGGGAAAACGGCGGAAAACCGCAUGUUCGAGUUCUGGGCGGAUAUCAUCAACGGGUUCUUCCCGUUCCAGGCCAAUACCUUCCCCUCACCGGCGUAUCUGUUCGCUAAUGGUGCCUCCCCAGGCGAGCAGCGGGCAUGCCUGACGGCAAUGCUCAGCUCCGGUGCCUUGGCCAAGAUCAUCCAUUUGAUCGUCGCGCCUUCCCCCGUGCCAGACAGGAGUGCAGCUUACGCUUGGGCGGAUAAAGAGGCUGAGCUGCGUCCGGCCCUGGCGGCGGCGUUUUUCGCCCUCCCCAACCGCGAAAAGAGGGGAAUCUAUGGACUGAUUGCCAUUGGUGAUUUUGUCCGGCUCUAUGAAUACACCCUGGCUGCUGGGGCCACUAGCGACGUCGACGAUGCCUCGCACUCUCAUGGCCAGGAAUAUGUGAUAUGA